ACCCUUUUGCACCAUAUGAGUCAUAAUAAUCUACAAGUGCAACCCCUAGCAUAAGCAAGAAGAGUAUAGCACAAUAGCUUUGUGGUGAUAACAAUGUCAUCGAGUCGAAUAUUGUUAGCAUCGCGAUGUGCUACUGAAGAUGAGAUUAGUGAACUAGUCUUCAAACUGCAAGCAUUGCUACCAGAGAGAAGGCGUCAGCAUUUAAGGAGGGUUUCAAGAGACGAAGUUCUGGAAGAAGUAUGCAGCUACAUCAGGAAACUUCACAAACAAGUAGACGACACGAGUGAAAGAAUUUCACAGUUGCUGGCUUCUGCAGACCUUGAUGCAGAUGUUCUUAGAUCCCUCUUGCAGCAAUAAUCCCUCCUCCAGUCCUCCUCCCUCUUUGUUGGUGUAAUUUAUAAAUUGUUGGUGUAAUUAAAGACAAUAUUAUACCUAUGUAACCUUAAUUGAAGUACAGAAACAUAUUAAAACGAAAGAAAACUGGACUUUUGUACAUUUGUCUUGUUCUUAGUAAACAUGACAGUACAUGCUUAAAAUAUAGGUCGGGACAUUCGGUUUUAAGAAUAGUCUAUAGAAAUGUAUGUUAAGUUGAUUAUAUAAAGUCCACCAAAUAUAUUAAUAUCCUGAUUAUCAAUCAGUUUUUAGAUAUCAAUCUAUAAAUCUGUAAGACUUCUCCAAUAAAAAAAAACUUUAAAACUUUAGUCAACCAGAUACCUUAACUAAUCAAGUCUUAAUAGGGAGAGUGCAAAAGACUUCAGAUCAAUUCGCCACAUCUACUUGUUAUUACCAUGAUACAAUUUUUUUUUUUUUUUUUUUUUUUUUUUUGUAAAUAGUUCUACUAUGGUACAUUACUACUCAGUCUUCAACUAUGACUUGUUAGUUUCCUUCAAAAAAAAAACAAUGACUUGUUAGUUUGGUGACGCACGAGGUUAUAAAUACCAAUUAACGAAAAGCAAAGCAGCUUGUCGAAAUUUCUCAUAUUACGCACGAGGUACAUUACUAAUCAGUCAUGUGAAUAUUAUAAGAUUCAUCUCAAUGUGUUAUAAUA